CACCUUAAGUCAGCUCCACCUUAAACAGGCUCCACCCAGGACAGCCAUUGGGUCCUGCUGGAGGCGGGCUAGCUCUGCGGUCUGGUUAUGGCUCUGCUCCGAGUGGCAACCCAGAGGCUGUCUCCUUGGAGGGGCUACUGCUCCAGGGGGUCACAGGGCAGACUCAGCCAGGACUUUGUGGAGGCUCUGAAGGCAGUGGUAGGGAGCCCCCAUGUGUCCACUGCUUCUGCAGUCAGAGAGCAUCACGGGCACGAUGAGUCGAUGCACAGGUGUCAACCUCCUGACGCUGUGGUUUGGCCUCAGAGUGUGGAGCAGGUCAGCCGACUGGCAACCCUGUGCUACAACCAACGUGUCCCCAUCAUCCCAUUUGGCACAGGCACCGGUGUUGAGGGGGGAGUCUGUGCUGUGCAGGGUGGAGUGUGCAUCAACUUGACCCACAUGGACCGAAUCAUGGAGCUGAAUGUGGAAGACUUCUCUGUGGUGGUGGAGCCCGGCGUCACUCGUAAAGCUCUCAAUAUUCACCUGCGUGACAGUGGCCUUUGGUUUCCUGUCGACCCAGGCGCGGAUGCUUCUCUGUGUGGCAUGGCAGCCACUGGAGCCUCAGGCACCAAUGCUGUGCGCUAUGGAACCAUGCGGGACAACGUGAUCAACCUGGAGGUGGUGCUGCCUGACGGCAGGCUGCUGCACACUGCGGGCCGGGGCCGCCAUUAUAGGAAGAGUGCAGCCGGCUAUAAUCUCACAGGACUCUUUGUGGGCUCUGAGGGGACGCUGGGCAUCAUUACAUCUGCCACCCUGCGCCUGCACCCUGCACCUGAAGCCACAGUGGCUGCCACCUGUGCAUUCCCCAGCGUCCAAGCUGCUGUGGAUAGCACGGUUCAGAUCCUCCAGGCUGCAGUGCCUGUGGCCCGCAUUGAGUUCCUGGAUGAUGUCAUGAUGGAUGCCUGCAACAGGCACAGCAAACUGAACUGCCCCGUGGCGCCCACACUUUUCCUGGAGUUCCAUGGUUCCCAGCAGGCACUGGCAGAGCAGCUGCAGCGCACAGAGGCAAUCACUCAGGAAAAUGGAGGCUCUCACUUCUUGUGGGCCAAGGAGGCUGAAAAGCGCAGUGAACUUUGGGCAGCGCGGCACAAUGCUUGGUAUGCAGUCUUGGCCUUGUCUCCAGGAAGCAAGGCCUAUUCCACGGACGUGUGUGUGCCCAUCUCCCGGUUGCCAGAGAUCUUGGUAGAGACCAAGGAGGAGCUUAAGGCCUCAAAACUCACAGGAGCCAUUGUUGGGCAUGUGGGUGACGGCAACUUUCACUGCAUCCUGCUGGUCAACCCAGAUGACUUAGAGGAACAGAAAAGGGUCGAGGUCUUCGCAGAAAAUUUGGGCAGGCGAGCCCUGGCACUCCAUGGGACAUGUACUGGAGAGCAUGGCAUCGGGCUGGGCAAGCGGCAUCUGCUGGAAGAGGAAGUGGGCACCGUGGGUGUGGCGACUAUGCGGCAGCUCAAAGACACAUUGGAUCCCCGAGGUCUCAUGAACCCAGGCAAAGUGCUAUGAGGAACUUGGAAGACUUGGACCACAAUCCCCAGAACGGAGAGCGCCUGUUCUGGACCUUUCUUUCAUGCCACUGACUUUGCAGCAAAUAGCAUAGCUGAUUCUACCUCUGCUUGCCAGGUAGAACUGUACAGGGCCCCCCUCUGCAGCUGGAGCUCAAGGUGAGGA